AGUGGACAGGAAUGAACCCGCAGGAGGAGCUUAGCUGCUACACGUUUAUGGUGCUACGUCAAGAUGCCGACGUUACAAACAUAGACAUACAAAGCACAUAACUUGUACACAAAAUCGAUUUAAACAUUGUUUGCGUUCUGAUUACAAGGUCUUUAUUCGAAUUCCCGCACUGUGACGAGCUCGAGAACUAGGUGUAGAAGAUAUCAUACAAAUACAAUUUUCUUCUGUCGUGUGACUUGUUUUUGCUUCAGCUUAAGUUAAAAAAUAAAAAUGCCGUGACACAGUAGAAACCGAUCUGCGUCUUUCUAGGUUCAAAAAUGACGACAGACAGACGAGACGACGAUGCGGAGCGGUACGCGAUGUACGACUACGAAGACAAGGAGUAUUCUAUUUAAAACGUACCCACCCCAUAGUUGUAAUGCGAAUCUGCAUGCUGAAAAUGUUUCUCAUGCGGAGCCCCAUGAGAAGCAUUUUCUAAUCGUGUUUUGCAACUUGUCAUGCUCCAAUCAGCAUGGUAUGCUAGAUCUGUGAUGCUGCUGAGCUAGCUCAAACAGCACUACACUACGAAUCCAAAUUUGUCAUGCAAAACAGCCAAAACUUGUGGAUUUGUCUAGCCGAUUCCCCAUCUUGACUAUGGUGUGGGGACGUUUUUACUCAGGAUAAGGAAGCAAUCACCGUUAAGGUUCCCCGGCUUUGUCCCGCCUCGUCCUCUGCCGGCUCCGGUGAAAAUCCCGCCGUGGAUGACCGCGUCUUUGACGUUUAUUGGAAGGCCACGAAGUACCAACCGCGGGGUAAGAUUGCCCUUUCCGCCAACCGUGUGCGGGAGAACGCGAUUAGCAUGGGCGCCCUGUUGAAAAAAUUCGAAGUCGCUAUAACGCAGUUCGACAAUGCUGUGUGGGUUUUCAAAAAUUGCAAUUCGUCGGCCAACCAUGGCGCGCCGGAAGAUGUGGAGAAAACGUUGGAGUGGUUUGGCGACUGGGCCUUGGACCUCAAGCAGUUUGUCGGGUACAUCCUGGAGGAGGAUGGGAAGAACUCGCACCAAAGCCUCAGUGAAGCGGAUUACAACCAGGCCCGCGGUAUGGAUUGCAAAAAUGUCUGGGUCUGGGAACUUGUGAUGCUGAGUGGCGAAUCACGAGGACGUCACAAGUGACGGCUCACCAUGACAAACUGCGUUUUUGCAUGACAGAAAAGUGGAGCUUUUGGAUAGCGUGCAUGACACACUUGAGAGUCAGGGUCAUGCUAAGCUGAGCAUGACAAACUUGCGCGCUUCCAGACCCAGACAUUUUUGCAUUUGAUACGCGAGUUGAAGCUCAUGUUUGAGGAAGCGGCCAGGGACAAAGAGUGGUUAGCGCUCAAGGCCCGGCGGAAAGCAGGUGUCGUGGUGGACGACGACGGCGCUGUGGAAAAAGCUUCCGGCGGCGAGGCCAGCGCGGGUGCGGGUGCGGGGCAGCCAGGAUCUUCAUCCGACGACGGUGUUCUAGAAGUACCCGCAGCAACAAGACACGGCACGGGCGGUUGCGAGAUCAGAGGUGUGUCAACUAGCUCUACAUAUUUCUUGCUGUGCAAAUCCAAAUGCAAAAAAGAAGACCAUCUUCUAGGAGUCGUCGCGUGAAGAAAUCAAUGUACUAUCAGUUCCUGCUUUUUCCUCGUUUCUUUCUCUUCAACGUGGUAACCCAGCCCUCAACUUUACGUGCCUGCAAAAUCGAAGGGCCUGCAGGAAAAUUUAUCUAUAUCCUUCCACAAAGGCCAAGAUAACACUUGGCACGCAGAGUGAGUGACUCUCCUGUCACUCCGCACACAGCAGUACUGGGUGCCCGUCCACUCAUUAGAAUGAGAAAAGAUAAUGUUUAUCCCGGACACGCACAAAUAUGAUGAUGAUGAUGAUGAUGUAAGUUUCUCAUUCGUCAUCUUGAAGGUGCGUCUACUUCGAGCCAGUGUAGAAGUGGUCCGAAGGGGGAACAACAAGACACGAAAGCUGUAGGAGAAGGCUCAACUGAAGUGAAAGGUCGUUGUGGUUUUCCAGUACGAAAAUUUUCGCUCGAGAACGAGCCAUCUUUGCGAGAGAAAGACCCUGGGCGCCGCGAGAAGGAGGGCCGUUGUUCCCAUCCGCGUAAGAAGACGGCGAGCAACACUAGGCACCACCAGAGGGGGCACGGUAGGUGGAACAAGAGCAGGGACUACACCAGAGACCCCCGUGGUCGGGACGACCGCUACGCCGCCGACCGCCGGCGCCGAUCGUCUGGUCGAGGAGAUAGAAAUCGUGACUUCCAUCAUGGCGGCUCAUCGAGGAGGCGAAGCGCCGGAAGGGGCAGGUCUCGCUCACGAGAGGACCGGGAUAAAGACAGAGACCGGAAUAGAGAUCGCGACCGGGACAAAGAUCGAGAUUGGAACAAAGGUCGCGGCCGGGAGAAGGGUCGUCGACACUGGGGUUCGAAAGAUCGGGAUUGGCGAUCGCGAGACCGUUACCCCGACCAGGGUCGCCGGGAUGAGCGAGACAGAGAUUGGCGAGACGACCGAGGCUGGGGCCGUGACGCGGGUGACGCAAGGAAUCGGGAUCGCGACAGACGAGGGUGUGAUGAUGACAAAACCGGCGGGGCCAAGCCUCGGGACCAUCAAAGCCGCUGUGGUAAACCAAGUCCGCGCGACAAGCGGAAGCGGUCCCGUGAGGAGCGCCAGCCUUCCUCGAAAGCAGCCGUCGCGGCAGGAGGUCCUGGCCGCUUACUUACUAUGUUAUCUUCUGCAGUCGCUACUUGUACUUCUGCUGCAGCCUUGUUUUCUGAUGUUUCACUGUUCUGCCGGGUCGUUCUUUUUACGUAAGAUGAAAAAAAUACCGGAGACCUGUAGUUGCUUUGCAAGCUAGAUAAGGAUCGCCACUGUUAAAUUGACGCUUUUGUCCCUCACCAUGAACAGUUCGAGAUCGCGAUCGUGGCCAGGAGACGGAGCGAUGCUGGAAGCUGACGCUUACGAGCCUGUGCAUUCUCCCCCCUGGGAAGGCAGAGCGAGCAGUUUACGUGAGACUCCCAAAGGACUACUUCGCCGCCAGUACUUCAUCCAGCGAUGCCCGCGACCUACGCAUCAGGGAACACGAGUGCAUCUGGCGGGAGCUGUCAUCUCGCACUACGGACGCCGAGCGCGCGAUCAAGGAGUAUUUCUGUGUGUGCGACAAAUAUGUCGUCGUCGUGUUCAACACCCCUGCGGACGCACUGCGAGUCCUAGAAGCCCCUGUGACGCGCGUCGUGCUAUCCGAUAACAUCUCGGUGGCGGACGUGGCUCCUUACAGUCGCGACAGAGCCCGUGGGAACAAGUUGCCCAGCGAACCAAAGCCGGCUCUGCCACGGCCCGCUGCUGUGUCCUCGUCCCCUAGUACUACAUCGACCGCAGUGGUAGUACAGGGGGCCGUACCGAAGUCUGCGGCACGGGUAGUAGCGACUGCGAAAGGCGACCUCCCGGCUGCGAAUAAACCACAGGACGCCGCAUCUUCGGUAGUCAUUCCGGUUGCUACUGGUUGCACGGCACCUAGUUGUACGGGACCACCAGCAUCUUUAACCGGUGCCGCGAGUAGACCUCGUCCUGUCGACCACGGCCGCGCCCCUGUAUUGAAUGAAAGCGAAGGCGGUGGGCGUGUAACGCGGCAAAAGCAAAAGCUAAAAAGGCCGAGAUCGCCCGAAGGGGCCGUGCCGCUUUGCGACGAGCAGCCGCACCAGGGCCAAGAAGAGACUGCAAGAACUUGUCACGAAACUACGAGGCUGGACGCGCACGCGACUGCGGCAAGAGCUGGUGAGCAGCCCACGAAAAGGGCAGAACGCACCCUCGCAACAUUUAUAUUUGGCGACAAACGACCUGUAGAGGAAGCACAGCGCGUUGAUCAACUAAAAAAGACGAGCCCAACUAGAACAGUUCCCAACAAAAAACCGUCAUGCGAGAGGAUAAACUACGAUGAACUCGGUCUCGGGCAGGCAUGCAGCAGCACCGAAAGAACGGCGGACACGCUGAAUGCGCCUGCACCGGCUUGCGAGAAAGUAACGCCACUUGUCCCCACAGCAGCUUGUGCAGCUUCAGUGGGCAUCAAAGUCGCAGGCCAGCGCGCUGCUCUUCAAGAGGAGGUGGAGGUUCCGCAGAAGUCACAACGCGGGAAUAACAAUAAAGCGAAGGCGAUGAAAACUGCUGCCGGACCGCCCCUACUUGCAGGUGGAGGUGCGAAAAGGCCCGCACUAGCAGAAAAGCAGAGUGCUGUCGUUCAGCAUCCUGCGCCGAAGCGGAGAAAGGCAGGUAACAAAGGCUCCGCGGUGGCCGUCCAGCAGAACAAGAAAGCAGCCGAGGGCGGGGAGGUGCCUACUACUGCAGCAUCAGCCUCGGCCGUUAGUCUACAAAUGCCAACUGAUUCCGGGAUCGCACGGAAUAAGGCGAAUUUGUCCUCGGCGACAUCAUCGUCCACCUCCGCUCAAGUUCUCGGUAAGGAUGAGAUUAUUUCUUUGUACAUGCAAAAGUAAGAGAAGUCAUUACUAUUGGUUUGCAAUUGGUGUCAACAUCAUGCUGCAAUGCCGCAAGAGUGUGGUCUUCAGGUUCAAAAUGAGUUGCAGAACCAAGCCAAAAAACCAACAUAAAAAUUUUACAUGAGGACGAUUUCACAACAACUACGACAGGAAAAAUACAAGCACCAGGAACAUCAACAUUAGCAAAACCACCCCCACCCCCAGCCAUUCCCACGGGCCCGGAUGUCCAGCAGAAGGUCGACGAGUGGUUGGGCUUUUCGUUGGCGAGAAUUCAGACCGUUUGCAGGGGCCUCGGCGUAUCUCUGGUCGAGGGUGAGCUGAGGGUUUCCCUCAUCGCCAAAGCGCUGCGCAAGUGGGAAGCGGCGGACCAGAAAUGCCGCGCGGGCGUGUUGUACUGCCUGCACCACCACGCCGCGCAACUCGCAAGCAGAAUCAGCGGGCAGUGGGGCGAGGUGAAACUGCGCGAGGACCACGCGGAAAAACUUGUGCAGGCGAAACAAUUGAAGGCACAGUAUGAGAACGCAUGGAAAGUGAUCAAUGAUUUCAGAAGCUAUAGUUCCUCAUCUGCAAAAGCAAAGCCAGGACAAAAUCAAAAGUAGAAGCAAAGGACGGGUCCUCUUGAGCGUUUAUAUCCAGGGCUGCGUAGAGUGCUAGUGCCCUAUCGAGUAUUGAUGCGUAUUUUUGCUAUUCUCUUCUCCAGAAUUUCCAUUUCAAUUUUUCUUCUCAUUCCUGAUUACGAUUCGCUGGGGCUGUUUGAUUUAUUGUCUGCAAUAAAAGCUGUACUUAGCUGUGUACAGUAUCAGCAAGUUCCCGACCAUAUCAGAACAAUGAGGCACUUGCGUACGCGAAACAAUCCAUGUGGGUCCGUUGUGGCGAUAAAAUCUUGGUGGUUCUUCAUCAUUGCAGCGCCAGUUGGUUGGGCAUGAAGCAGGACC